UUUUUUAGCAAGCGUACCGCGUUAAGAAAGUGAAAUUGUGAUUUUCGUGUAAUUUAACGCCAUAAAGUCAUCAAUUGUUUGGCUCUCGAGCCAUACUUACUGCAAUCAUGUCCGCGUGCAUCGAAAUUCCUUUGCAGGACACGGAUGAGGUCAUCGAAGUGGACCCGGAUCAACUCCCCGAAUGCUCGGAAGUGUUUAGCAUUUUGCUGCAGGAGCGUGCUCCUUUGCACGUCUGGGUCAAUGUGGCGUUGGCAUACUACAAGCAGAAGAAGACAGAUGACUUCAUCAUGCUGCUGGAAGCAGCUCGUGAUAAGGGCACCACGGACUACCGUGACUAUAAAACGGACCAGAUGCGCGCCUAUGACAUGUUGGCCGCCCAUUAUGUACAGGAGGCGUAUAGAGAGAAGUCCAAAGAUAAGAAGCGCGAGCUUUUCAUGAAAGCCACUAACUUGUACACGAAUGCGGACAAAAUUAUUAUGUACGACCAGAGCCAUUUGCUGGGACGUGCCUAUUUCUGUCUGCUCGAGGGCGACAAAAUGGAUCAAGCAGACGCGCAAUUCAACUUCGUGCUCAAUCAAUCGCCAUCAAAUAUACCAUCGCUGCUGGGCAAGGCGUGCAUUGCAUUCAAUCGCAAGGACUAUCGUGGUGCUAUGGCGUUCUACAAGAAGGCACUGCGCACGAAUCCCAACUGUCCGGCUAACGUGCGGAUCGGCAUGGCGCACUGCUUCCUGAAAAUGGGCAAUGCUGAAAAGGCCAAGUUGGCCUUUGAGCGAGCCCUGCAACUGGAUCAGCAAUGCGUGGGUGCUCUAAUUGGCCUGGCUGUGCUGAAGCUCAAUCAACUGGAGCCGGAGUCCAAUAAGCUGGGCGUGCAAAUGCUCUCUAAGGCGUACACCAUCGACAAUGCCAAUCCGAUGGUGUUGAAUCAUUUGGCCAACCAUUUCUUUUUCAAGAAGGACUACCAAAAGGUUCAUCAUUUGGCUCUGCACGCCUUCCACAAUACCGAAAAUGAAGCAAUGCGUGCCGAGAGCUGUUACCAGCUAGCCAGGAGCUUUCAUGCCCAAAGCGACUAUGACCAGGCCUUCCAAUACUAUUAUCAGUCCACGCAGAUUGCGCCGGCUAACUUUGUGCUUCCACACUACGGACUCGGUCAGAUGUACAUAUAUCGCGGGGACACAGAGAACGCAGCGCAAUGUUUUGAGAAAGUGCUGAAGAUUCAGCCGGGUAACUACGAGACCAUGAAAAUUCUCGGCUCCCUGUAUGCGCACUCCAAUUCGCAAACCAAGCGUGACAUGGCCAAGACACACCUGAAAAAGGUGACCGAACAGUUUCCGGAGGACAUUGAAGCCUGGAUAGAGCUGGCGCAGAUAUUGGAGCAAAAUGAUUUGCAGGCCUCGCUUAAUGCCUACGGCACUGCCUCGAGCAUUUUGCGUGACAAGGCCAAGUAUGAGAUCCCGGCGGAGAUACAGAAUAAUGUCGCCUCACUGCACUAUCGUCUGGGCAAUCUGAAAUUGGCCAAGGACACGCUCGAGUCGGCGCUAAAGCAUGCCAGCUCCGAGAUGGAGAAGGACGUCAAGUACUACGAGUCCAUACAGGUGACCAUGAAGUAUAAUCUGGCCCGCUUGAAUGAGGCCAUGAGCUGUUUCGAUGUGGCCGACAAGCUGUACAAGGAGAUACUCAAGGAGCAUCCUAACUACAUUGAUUGCUAUCUGCGGCUGGGCUGCAUGGCGCGUGAUAAGGGCCUGAUCUUCGUCGCAUCGGAUUUCUUCAAAGAUGCACUGAAUAUCAAUAAUGACAAUCCAGAUGCGCGGUCGCUCCUCGGCAAUUUGCAUUUGGCGAAAAUGCAAUUCGCAUUGGGUCAAAAGAAUUUCGAGACCAUACUCAAGAAUCCAGCAACGGCUUCAGAUGCCUACUCUCUAAUUGCCCUUGGAAAUUUCUCGCUGCAGACACUGCAUCAGCCAAGUCGCGACAAGGAGAAGGAGCGCAAGCAUCAGGAAAAGGCGCUCGCUAUAUUCAAGCAGGUACUGCGUACGGAUCCUCGCAACAUUUGGGCCACCAAUGGCAUUGGCGCAGUGCUUGCCCACAAGGGCUGCGUCAUCGAAGCGCGCGACAUCUUUGCUCAGGUGCGCGAAGCCACCGCCGAUUUCUGUGAUGUGUGGCUAAACAUUGCCCAUAUCUACGUCGAGCAGAAGCAAUAUAUUAGCGCCAUCCAGAUGUACGAGAAUUGUAUGAAGAAGUUCUUCAAGCACAACAAUGUCGAGGUGAUGCAGUACCUCGCACGCGCCUAUCUGCGUGCCAAUAAGCUGGUGGAGGCCAAGGCUGUACUGCUGAAGGCUCGUCGUGUGGCUCCCCAGGACACUGUGCUGCUGUUCAACAUAGCUGUAGUGCUAUCCCGACUAGCCAUGGCCAUACUCAAGGAUGAGAAGUCCACGCUGGAGGUGGUGCUCCAAGCGGUGCAUGAACUAGAACUGGCGCACAAAUACUUCCAAUACUUGUCCGUGCAUGGCGACAAGACACGCUUCAACAUCGAGGUUGCAGGCGUGGAGGCCAACACAUGUCAGGAUCUGCUGUCUCAGGCGCAAUACCACGUGGGACGUGCGCGUCGCAUUGAUGAAGAGGAUCGCACACUGCGUCGUCGACAAGAAGAAGAGCGGGAAGCCUUCAAGCAAAAAAUGCUGGAGCAGCGCAAGCGACGCGAAGAGGAGGCCAAGAUGUCCCGCGAACAGCUGCUGGCCAAACGACAGGAGUACGUGGAAAAGACCAAGAAUUUGCUCAUCAUUGCCGACGCACCUACCGAAAAGGAGCGCAAGAAGGGCAGCGGACGACCGCGCAAGGAUGAUUACAUCUCGGGCACGGAUAGCGGAGAUUUGCAACGCGAUGGCGCUGAACGGCCGAACAAGAAGAAGGGCAAGGUUGAACGUAAGAAGGGCAGCGGACGCAAACGGAAAACUGAGAAGUACGAGAGUGAGAGCGAAGAGGAGUCUGCUGGUGGUGGCGGUGGCCGUGGCGAGAAGAAACCGAAGAAGAAGAAGCUGCAGCAGAAGAACGCCAAGGAUGUCAAGGAGAAACUGUCCGCCAAACAGCGUCUCAAGAUUGUGUCCAAGGAGACAAUAUCGACCAGCGAGUCCGAAAGCGAUGGCGGCAAGCGCAGCCGUAGCCGCAGCAGGAGCAGAAACCGCAACCGUAGCAAGUCGGGCAGCCGCUCGGGCAGCGGCAGUGGCAGCGGUAGCGAUCACAGCCGCAGUAGAAGCCGCAAGAGCGGCUCUCGCAGUCGUAGUGGCAGCCGCUCCGGCAGCGCUAGUGGCAGCGAUCGCGGACGGAAGCGCAGCAGGAGUCGCAGUGGCAGCGAGAGCGAUGGUGUCGCAAAACGUAAGCGGGCCAAGAAUCGCAUUGAAUCUGGCGACGAAUCGGAUAAAUCACGGUCACGCUCCCGAUCACGUUCACGCUCUCGUUCAGGGUCGGGGUCAAGAUCACGCUCGCGCUCACACUCAAAAUCUGGCUCUCGUUCACGCUCAAAGUCCGCAAACCGUUCACGUUCCCGCUCAGGCAGUCGAUCAAAAUCCAAGUCUCAAUCGAAAUCACGUUCUCGCUCACGCUCGGGCUCUCGCUCUCACUCCCAUUCGAAGUCAAAGUCGCGCUCUCGUUCUCGUGAAGGUAGCGGUUCUCGAUCGCCAUCGCGCAGCCGCUCCCGAUCGCAUUCCGGAUCACCGGACAAAAAUUGAUUGUAAAAUACACAUGCAAUUUCACCUCGACAUUGAGUAAAUCAUCAAACCUCUUAUACUAAUCAUACUUGAGUGUAACUAGGAAGCAAAAUAAAGAUUGUGUUACAACU